CGGGACCGCGGCCCCCUCGCGCCCCCCCUCCCCCCUCUCCCCGGCGCGAUCGAGAGUGUCGCCAGCGUCUCCUCUGCCAGAAACCCCGGGCUGGAAGAUGUGGCAGCCGGCCACCGAGCGCCUGCAGCACUUUCAGACCAUGCUGAAGUCGAAAUUAAAUGUCCUGACGCUGAAGAAGGACCCCCUCCCAGCAGUCAUCUUCCAUGAGCCCGAGGCCAUCGAGCUGUGCACCACGACACCCCUGAUGAAGACCAGGACUCAUGGUGGCUGCAAGGUCACCUACCUGGGUAAAGUCCCUACCACAGGCAUGCAAUUUCUGUCAGGCUGCACAGAGAAGCCAGUCAUUGAGCUCUGGAAGAAGCACACGCUAGCCCGAGAAGAUGUCUUUCCAGCCAACGCCCUCCUGGAAAUCCGACCAUUCCAAGUGUGGCUCCAUCACCUCGACCACAAAGGUGAAGCCACGGUCCACAUGGAUACCUUCCAGGUGGCGCGCAUUGCCUACUGCACCGCCGACCACAAUGUGAGCCCCAACAUCUUCGCCUGGGUUUACAGGGAGAUCAAUGACGACCUGUCCUACCAAAUGGACUGCCAUGCCGUAGAGUGUGAGAGCAAGCUCGAGGCCAAGAAGCUGGCCCACGCCAUGAUGGAGGCCUUCAAGAAGACUUUCCACAGUAUGAAGAGUGACGGUCGGAUCCAUAGGAAUAGCUCAUCGGAAGAAGUCUCCCAGGAGUUGGAAUCCGAUGAUGGCUGAGUGGACUUAGGAUGCUUCAGCAAGGCAGCAUUGGUCAAGGAAUUCAAGAUGAUAGAUGAAUAAGCAAUGUUUCAAAUUUGGGAAGUAAAGACUGCCAAACUUUUGGCCGACCAAGCUUUUUAAAUUCAGAAGAGCAAUUCUAAAUCUAAAGAAAUGUAUUAUUAAAGUAAUUACGAUACAUUGAAAUCUGCUGCUGCUGUGACUGUGAGGAGGGUGGGCAUGCGGAUGGGGAGGAAGGUUCUAGACUCUCUUCUUCCCCCCUCGCCCCUCAUUUCCCAAUGCCUCCCUGGAGGAGACCUCCAUGCCAGUUACCACCACUCUCAGGCAAAUACACUGCGGCUGUUAGGUGAGGAACCAUUCCAAUUUGCCUUAUGGAACCCAACAAGAAUGUUCGGUGCACCUGGAUGAUCCCUAGUCAUGGGUGGGGGGUGGGGGGUGCAGAUGCAGACACGGUGGCCGCAGAGCUGAGGGGACCCUCCAGGCUCAUCCUGAGAGCCCCUCUCCCUGGCAUGUUUCAGAUUCUCUCCUCAGUAAGCAAAUCAGCACAGCCUUUAUUGAGCUUUACAACUAACGACCUGAUAGUUGGCAGUUAAUUCAGUUAAAGAUAAUGCUUUUAUUUGCAUAAGUAUAUCCAGUAGUACCCUCUUAUUGUAUUCACUUCAUCUAUUUUCUUGGAAUACUUUCGACUACUAAUAGCUGCUUCCCUUAUUCCUCCUCAUCCACCCUCUUUCCCCUUCCAACCCAGCCCACCUCGCUAAGCGAUGGAUUCUCAGCACACACUGCAGGACACACAAAGGGAAGAGAAUAACCAAGCAUAUGAGAUAAACAAUCCAACAAAGCAGGAGUUUAAAACAACCACCACAACCACAGAAACUUUGGAAAAAGGGAAUGAGUUCUCAGCAAGUGAGCAAAAACUCCACGUAGGCUGUCCUUUUUUCACUUCUGAUUUAUGGUAACUUAUUUAGGGAAUGGUCCUGUUUGAGGAAUCCUUCACAGCAAGCUUCAGAUCUGAUUGGGCAUCGCCAAUCCUCACCCAAUGUUUGUACUCAAUUAGAGAAUGUGUUGCGUACACCUGGCUUGUCGAACAAACUGUGUCCAUCUUAAUCUAGAGGGAAAUCUGACCUUGUUAUCUUCAAAUUGGUGAUACCUUGGGGUCAGAGUUUCCAGUUUGUUCCCUGUUUCUAAUGAGAAUUCUCACUAAGAGAGCCCAAGUUUUCUCAGUUUUGUGGCUCUUGAAAUAUCAUAAACACAGAUUCAACACUGAAUGAAACUGAAAAGCGUUGGUUGAAAUACAUACAUUUAAAGCCGGGAGCAAACGGGCUAGUUUUCCAGGCAAUGCUGCACCUUGAUUAAAGUCUGUUUUUAAUCCUGGUAAUUAAUGUUAGGGACACUGGAGGACCUUAUAGAAGCCUUAAAGGAGAGCUCAUUGAAUCCACAGAGUAAUGGUGUUGGUGUUUUAGUCUGCGUAUCUGCGUGUCCGUGUAUGCAUUUGUGUGUGUGUACGUGUGCCCCCAUAUGUGGGUUCAGUCUUAAGGCAUGUAGAAUAAGCAUGGAGUCAUAUUGAGAAGAACUCGCCUCUUGGAGACAUUGCUUGCUGCUCUACAACACAUGUAAACUAUUCUUUAGCAUAAAUGCAUUCAUUCUUUAAUAAAAAAAUAUGUUUGCAUUAAUAAAACUGAGGACUUUCAUACUUUA